AUGAGGAAGGCAGUACUGAUGGUGUGGGUCAGCCUUUUGGUGCAAGUUACUGUUGUCUCCACCCUGUGCUCUGUUCUUGCCCCCUCAGUGUCCCAUGGUGCUCAGGGGCAUUAUGCCCGCAAACUUCUGAAUGAUCUGAUGGAGGACUAUUCCAAUGCUCUGAGACCCGUAGAGGACACAGACAAAGCCCUCAAUGUCUCUCUGCAGAUCACCCUGUCACAGAUCAAAGAUAUGGAUGAGAGGAACCAGGUGCUGACCACAUAUCUGUGGAUCAGGCAAGUCUGGCACGAUGCAUACCUGAAGUGGGAUAAGGAGGACUACGAUGACCUUGAGAUGAUCAACAUCCCCAGCGACCUUGUUUGGAAGCCGGACAUCGUCCUCUACAACAAGGCAGAUGAGGAGUCUGCAGGUCCAUCCAGCACUAAUGUGAAGCUGCGUUAUAACGGAGAGAUUGUGUGGGACUCUCCAGCCAUAACAAAGAGCACAUGCGUGGUAGACGUCUCCUACUUCCCCUUUGACUGGCAGCAGUGCAACCUCACCUUUGGCUCUUGGACCUACAAUGGCAACCAGGUGGACAUCAGUUUGGGCAUGGACAGCGGUGACCUGUCUGACUUUGUGGAGAACGUGGAAUGGGAGUGUCACGGCAUGCCGGCAGUUAGAAACGUCAUGAUGUACGGCUGCUGCUCCGACCCUUACACCGAAAUCACAUACACCCUGCUCCUGAAGCGUCGCUCCUCCUUCUACAUCUUCAACUUGCUCCUGCCCUGCUUCCUCAUCUCUUUCCUGGCACCGCUGGGCUUCUACCUGCCGGCUGACUCGGGGGAGAAGGUUUCCCUUGGGGUCACGGUGCUUCUGGCGCUCACUGUGUUCCAGUUGUUGGUGGCUGAGAGUAUGCCUCCUGCAGAAAGCAUGCCCUAUAUAGGGAAGUACUACAUAGCCACGAUGACUAUGAUUACAGCCUCCACCUCCCUCACUAUCUUCAUCAUGAACAUUCAUUUCUGCGGUGCCGAGGCCAAGCCAGUCCCUCACUGGGCUAAGGUGCUCAUUAUAGACUACAUGUCCAAGAUCUUCUUUGUCUAUGAGGUGGGGGAGAACUGCACUACGCCGGACAGUGAGAGGACCCCACUGUACCCUGAGGAACCCAUGAAUGAUAAGGGCACCUACCUUGAUGAUCGUUUCCACGACAUAUACCAUAAUGAAAGCGACCAAUACCAGUACAGCAACGGUCAUGGCAUCCAUCAUCACAACAAGCCUCACAAAAACCAGGCAAACGGCAACGUUGACUGUCACCAUUACAACAACCAUAAGAACCAUGCUUCCAGACUAGAGAGGGAUGAGGGAAAGCGAGAAUCCACACAGCACUACCACCACAUCAGGAGGGAUGAACUGGACUACCAGGCUCCACCUCAUCCACAAAACCUCCAGCACCUGAAUGGAGGGCUGAAGGAGCAGCUCCUCUACCCCACAGAGAAACUUCAAGUCCCAGCCUGCCCCUGCUGCUGCCCCUGCCUCCAACAUAAGCAGGUGGUGAAGAACAUCCAGUUCAUCGCUAACUGCUUCCGCGAGCAGAGAGCUACUUGUGUCAAGGUAGCAGAGUGGAAGAAGGUUGCCAAGGUGAUGGAUAGGUUUUUCAUGUGGAUCUUCUUUGUCAUGGUCUUCCUCAUGAGCAUCCUCAUCAUCGCCAAGGCAUCGUGACAGCCUCCCAUCAUCUUCUUACCAUGAUGAUGACGUUUAUCUUCGGUCACUGCUGGACCUCAGCCUUAGAGUCACCUCAUUUUUACUAAAAACCUACUUAGAAACAGAAACUACUUUUCUGUGAGCUUGGACGUCAUAUGUCAGUAAUGUGUUUGUGUGUGUCUGUGUGUGUAUGUGUGCAUAUGUGUGUGCGGUUCUGUAAGUUCAUUGUCUCUUUGUUUUUGUUAUUGUUAUUGUUACUUUGAUAUAAAGAGGACAAGGUCACUGCACACAAUUCAACCCUUUAAAUUAACACAGCCUCACAGUUAGUUAAUGUCAUGUGUGCUUGCAUGUUUGACGGAGCAGUGGAGCGGUAAGACAAUCCAGGUCUUGCCUUGAACAUGCAUGGACUGUCCAUUAUUGAUGAGCCAACAGCCAUAGGCGUUACAUUACUUGCAUUGCAUUUUAUGCAACCAGAUGAUGCUCUUUUCUAGAGUAAGUUACAAUGGAGAGCAUCUGAAGAAUAAAUAAAUAAUACUUUUGAAACAGCUAUGAUUGAUAAACAAAUAUGAUUAAAAAUAGGGCAAAUCCCAUGUCCUUCCUCAUGUUGAUCAUCAUGGAAGAGCAUUUAAGGUAAUGAUAUUAAAACCAGGUGAGACUGGUGUUGUUCUACUCUCAUAAAUUGACUUACUUAUGUUUCAAAUACUUGAAAGUCAGACUUGGAGGGAAAAGGUGAAUGAAUGUCUCUCUAACUUAACAAUAUCCCUGUUUUUAAUGCAAUACUCAGACUUUAAAACCCACCUCCAGGACCCGAACAGUGGUUGAAGCCUAAUGAACCUUUUGACUAAUAUUCGCUUUGCUAAUUG